AUGGACACAUGGAGCCUUAGAUUAUAUUCGUGGUUAAGCGACAUAAAUUCAUCGCUUUCUUUGUUAAAAAUCCACAAAAAAAUUGUUAAUAAUUAUUCACUGCAAAGUAGCAAUUUUCCCCUCACAAUUAUUCUGCUAUGGGUUAUUUUGUAUGCGGUGUACACCAAGUGCCUUCAUCUCCUAUUUAGACGUAUGCAAUAUCCACUGUUAAUUCGCCGGAGAAUAAUCGACGGUGUCUGGACAAUCUGCUUUGCAAUCAGCAGCAUAAUUUACCUGAAAUUACUAGUACCUGAAUUAUUAGAUUCAACUUGCCUUUCAAGAAGACCUAGAUAUUUAGAUCUAGGGUUUGUUUUACAUAAAACUUUUUACUUACACCGUGGAAUUAUUGAGAUUUUAACACACGGCUCUUGGUUACAAGGAAUCAUUAAUUUAUUAUUUUGUAUUACUAUUCACAGUUCAUCUGAACAAAAAUCAUUUGAUAUUGCAAUUAAAUUACUAUAUUGCAAAGCAAUUUUAUCAAUAAUUAUAAAUACUUGCCGCGUUAUUUCGAGCGUUAAAAAUAAACGCCGGUUAUUGAUUAUUAAAUUGCUGCUAAUUGCUCAUUUCAGCAACUGGAUGUAUGUAAAUUAUAUAAUUAUACCAGAUUUAAAAAUAGGAAAUUCCAAAGGACUGAAAACCGACUGGCUAAUUUUAUUUUGUUUGUGGAUUUGGUUGUUUUUAGAAUUAUUUAAUGAAAUGAGUAAUGUAAGGUUGGCGUUUAAAAAUUCAAAUCACAAAAUAGAAGCUUAUUUAUUCCCUCCGCCGACAGAAGAAAUGAUUGAGAUAAAAAAUAUCUGCAAAAAGCUCCGUGAACGAUCAGCAAAUCAAGAUUACGACCUCACAAAUGACAAAAAGAAAGCUGAACUUUGGCAAACACUUUGCUGUGCGAUGACGCUAAAAAAAAAAGCUAAGAGAAUGCGCGAAGCCAAAAAUAAACUGGAUCUAAACCAGAGAGAAUAA